UCAUUUCACAUCAGAGGACGCAAACUCCAUGAAAAGCAAAUACCGCUCCACUUACGAUGUAUUUAUUUACGAAAUAUACGUAUACAACGCAUGCGAUAUUAUAUUAUACUCCUUGCAGUUUAUUAUUACACUCCUUGCAGUGAGGUAUAUACACUCCUUGCAGUGAGGUAUAUACACUCCUUGCAGUGAGGUAUAUACACUCCUUGCAGUGAGGUAUAUA